UCUUAGUGUCAGCUCUACAUCUAGCGAAGGGCGGACAAUUCAAUGGUUCCCUUCUUCACAACCAGCGACUUUUUGCUUGUAGAUUAUCGUUUGACUAUUGGGGAUAUUUUUGACUAAAUGAUCUAAGAGAAGAAAUGUCCUUGAGUCUAGAUGACAAGCUACUGGGAGAAAAGACCCACUAUUACUGCAGCAGUAGUGAGGAUGAGGGAUCAAAUGAUGAAGACAAUGACAAACUUGGUGAUGAGGCAGCUGGUGCGCCAUCAGGGCCUGAAGUGGAACCUCCAAAAAUGGAGCGAUACAGUGGAACUUGCACAAACACAGGACCAAAAGGUGUUGUGAAAGACUGGCGGGAGUUUAAACGCCUAGAAACUGAGAGACGUGAAGAGAAUGAAAGAGAGCGCCAGGCAAUGGCUAAAAAGCUGACUUUGACGUGCCGUUCACAUCUAAAUGAUGAGCAAGAAAAGAAAGAAGAUGAAAGGUUCUUAGAGGCUCUCUCAGAACUGGAUGAUGAAUUUCUGGCAGAGUAUCGUCUUCGCAGAAUAGAAGAAAUGAGAAAAGCAUUAGGAAAUAUACCUAAGUUUGGGAAGGUCAUAAACCUAACCAAAGACAACUUUAUACAAGAGAUUGACAAAGAAAAGCCACAGGUGACAGUAAUAGUUCAUAUCUAUGAUGAGAACACUGAUGCAUGUCAGGCAAUGAACGGCUGCCUGAAAUGUUUGGCAAGUGAAUACCCUACAGUCAAGUUCUGCAAGAUUUCUGCUACUGAGGCCAAGAUGAGCCUUAACUUUAUGGAGAAUGGAGUGCCAGCAUUACUAGUCUACAAAAAUGGAGAACUGAUUGGAAAUUUAUUACAACUGUCCAGGGAGUUUGGAGAUGACUUUUAUGCUACAGAUGUUGAAAGUUUUCUUGACGAGCAUGGUUUUCUUCCAUCAAAGUUGUCGCUGCCAAUCAUUCGGGACAAAACAACUGGUGAAAUUCGCUCUGUCCUUCCUCAUGAAGAAGAAAGCAGUGACAGUGACUUUGAUGUGGAUUAAUUUAUGUUGUGCCCCCAUCCUUCUAUCAACAAGUUCUUCAAAGUACUUUGUUUUAUUUACAUCACUGCCAUUCUGAUCACAGUUCUGUGUUUUUCUAUUUGUCACUUGAGCCAAUAUUUAUGAGACGUUUAUAUUUUAACAGAAAAUAGCUCUUAUUAAUAGUAUUGGCAUUCACUUAAUUUAAAAAGAGAAUUUUUUCAUGACUGACACAUUUUGUUCAGCUGUUAUUUUAGGAGUUCUUUGGAUUUUAUAAUUUCUUCAGUGACUCAUCCAUUCAAGUCAGCAGGUCUUUUUUUUUUUUUUUUUUUUUUGAAUAUUCCCAAGUUAUCUGUCUCUGCCAAUCGUGAUCAGCUAGUCAGAUGUCAUUCAUUUAUUUCAGUUCUCAAAGACGAACUUUUUUUUUUUCAUUAGUUUUAUCCCCAUAUUGUAUUUCCUACAUUCUGAUCAUUUUCGUACAACUAGGAGUAAGUACUUAUGGCAAGCUUGUUAAAUGUCAGUGGUUCACAUCAGGUAUUUGUGCUCUUUCACAUCCAUCACAGUUGUGCUUCUUUGUCUACCAUACUCCUCUUCAUACCUAAAGCAGUACAUAAGGCAUCCACUAGAGACCUCCAUUUUUGUCUUUCGGCAGCAAGUUUAGCUAUGCUGUUCUAGGACAGUUUCUGGUCCUUUGGUUCCUUUUCUACUGACCUUUGCCAUGUUUCUUCUGGCUGACCAAGCUUCCUCUUGCCAUCAGCUGUCCAUUAAAGGACUAGUUUGGGUGGUGUCUCUUGUUUCAUUCUGCACACAUGCCCUAACCAUUUCCGUCUUCUUUUUUGGAUUGUGGUUGUCAUAAUGAUAUUAGUGCAGCUGACUUUUGUAAGGAUUUCUUUUGUUAGUAAUUAUGUUUUUGUCUGCCAUAACUUCAUGGCAUUUUGGAACGUUUACAAAGCAGCUUCAUCUCAACAAGCAAAGAAUGUGUUUUCAGGAAAAUUGUAAGUUAGGAGAAGAAUGGUCUACUUUAAUCAAGAAUUCGAGAAAGUGUUCAAAUCCACAGUGUAUGAAAAUGUGUUUAGUAUGUCUAGGCUAUUUUGGAUUGUGUAUGCUUUAAUCAACUUGUUAUAUUUAUUACAUGAAAAUAUUUAAUCUUUUGGCUUUUACUUUGCUCAAAGUAACUUUGUUUACAUUUCUUUUUAAUUGUUGAGAACAAAAGAGUUGUCGUUAGAGUUGAUGUUAAAUAUCAGUUAUUGUUUGUAGCACAAAUUGCAGUUAAAAUCUCAGUAAAUAUUUGUGGUUGAACUAUAUCAGAUCUUCGUAAAUGUUAUUUGUGCAACAGCUUUAGUCUAGCAUGAAGUUUCAAUAAAUAUUACUAAUAAAACAACGCUACCAACAUAGAAUAAAUUGACUUUAAUUGAAAACCCACACCAAAAACUAGUAGCAGUGAGUGGGUAAACUAUUUUUAAGUUUCAAAUGUCUUAUUAUUUUAUUGUUAUUACAUGGUGCUUUAAGUUUUGUGAUAGAUUCCCUUUGACUUGCAUUUGUAACCAAAUGUAAUAAAACUUGUGUUGAAAUUCGA